AGGAGUCUCCCGAGGCGGCGGCGCGGUGAUGUCACCUCUGGACGAAAAUAGAGAGGGAUCGCCUGCAAAUCCCUAGCUCCGGCGGGGCUAAACCUUGCAAUCCCUCCCCGGCCGGCGCGAAGCCAGGGCGCAGCGGCCUCCACCGCCUCCCCCGGCGCGCACACACUCGCACACGCGCGCACGCACGCACACACUCCCCUGCACACUCACCACUCACACACUCACCGUCCUCCUCUGCCGCCCCCCUCCCUGCCCGCGCUCCGCCACUCGCCGCGCCUGCGAGCCCCGCGGCAAACACAGGUGGCAGCGGCGGCAGCAGGGACGCACGGUUCCAGCGCGCCCUCCCGCAGCCCCGGGGGUGGUGCUCUUUCGGGGAAGCCACCCUCCGAGCCCGCCGAGCGCCCCGCCGAGCGCCACCGAGGCCAGGGGAGGGGAGCGCGGGGCGCGCGCGGUGGAGAGCAGAGACGCGGAUUAGCGCUCGCUGGAGCCUCCUGCGCCCGUGGAGGCGCUGAAGGGCUUACCCCGGAGGAGGGGUGGAAGGGCGGGGAGAGGCUCCCCCUUAAAUACCGCGCCCCGCCACACUCUCGCGCUCACCCCGGCGCGCGCUCACUCCUUCGCCGCUGCCGGAUUGUUCCGAAGAGGAGGGGGCGUUCCCCAGACCAUGGCAUCCACCGAAGGUGCCAACAACAUGCCCAAGCAGGUGGAAGUGCGCAUGCACGACAGCCAGCUCGGCUCCGAGGAGCCCGGGCGCCGGCACCCGGGGCUGCGCCUGUGUGACAAGCUGAGGAGGAAUCUCCUGCUCACACUGACUGUGAUUGGUGUCAUCCUGGGGGCAGUAUGUGGUGGGCUUCUUCGCCUGGCAUCUCCUAUCCACCCCGAUGUGGUUAUGUUAAUAGCCUUCCCAGGGGAUAUACUCAUGAGGAUGCUAAAAAUGCUCAUUCUCCCUCUAAUCAUCUCCAGUUUAAUCACAGGGUUGUCGGGCCUGGAUGCUAAAGCCAGUGGGCGCUUAGGCACGAGAGCCAUGGUGUAUUAUAUGUCCACGACCAUCAUCGCCGCGGUGCUGGGGGUCAUCCUGGUCUUGGCUAUCCACCCAGGGAACCCCAAACUCAAGAAGCAGUUGGGGCCUGGGAAGAAGAACGAUGAGGUGUCCAGCCUGGAUGCCUUCCUGGACCUUAUUCGAAAUCUCUUCCCUGAAAACCUGGUCCAAGCCUGCUUUCAACAGAUUCAAACAGUGACGAAGAAAGUCCUAGUGGCACCUCUGUCAGAUGAGGAGGGCAAUGCCACCAACGCUGUCAUCUCCCUGUUGAACGAGACCGUGACGGAGGCACCUGAGGAAACGAGCGUGGUCAUCAAGAAGGGCCUGGAGUUCAAGGACGGCAUGAAUGUCUUAGGUCUGAUAGGAUUUUUCAUUGCUUUUGGCAUCGCCAUGGGGAAGAUGGGAGAGCAGGCCAAGCUGAUGGUGGAAUUCUUCAACAUUUUGAAUGAGAUCGUCAUGAAGUUAGUGAUCAUGAUCAUGUGGUACUCUCCCCUGGGUAUCGCCUGCCUGAUUUGUGGGAAGAUCAUUGCAAUCAAGGACUUAGAAGUGGUUGCUAGGCAACUGGGGAUGUACAUGGUCACAGUGAUUGUGGGCCUCAUCAUCCAUGGGGGCAUCUUUCUCCCUUUAAUUUACUUUCUAGUGACCAGGAAAAACCCCUUCUCCUUUUUUGCUGGCAUUUUCCAGGCAUGGAUCACUGCCCUGGGUACCGCUUCCAGUGCCGGAACUUUGCCUGUCACCUUCCGUUGCCUGGAAGAAAAUUUGGGGAUUGAUAAGCGCGUGACCAGAUUUGUCCUCCCAGUCGGAGCAACCAUUAACAUGGACGGGACAGCCCUUUAUGAAGCGGUGGCCGCCAUCUUUAUCGCCCAAAUGAAUGGUGUUGUCCUGGAUGGAGGCCAGAUUGUGACCGUGAGCCUCACAGCCACGCUGGCGAGCGUCGGCGCCGCCAGUAUCCCCAGUGCCGGGCUGGUCACCAUGCUCCUCAUUCUGACAGCUGUGGGCCUGCCGACAGAGGACAUCAGCCUGCUGGUGGCUGUGGACUGGCUGCUGGACAGGAUGAGAACUUCAGUCAAUGUUGUGGGUGACUCUUUUGGGGCUGGGAUUGUCUAUCACCUCUCCAAGUCUGAGCUGGAUACCAUUGACUCCCAGCACCGAGUGCAUGAAGAUAUUGAAAUGACCAAGACUCAGUCCAUUUAUGAUGACAUGAAGAACCACAGGGAAAGCAACUCUAAUCAAUGUGUCUAUGCUGCACACAACUCGGUCAUAGUAGAUGAGUGCAAGGUAACUCUGGCAGCCAACGGAAAGUCAGCUGACUGCAGUGUUGAGGAAGAACCUUGGAAACAGGAAAAAUAAGGACAUGACUCAGCCAAUUCUUGAAUAAACUCCCCAGCAUAUCUUAUGGUAAAAGAGGAUAUACACAAGCGUUCUUUAAAAA